AGUUCCCAUAACAAGUUAACACUUUUCAUUCUGAACAUGGAAAAAUUGUUUCUUCUUUCUGUUGUGUUUUCUUUGGCAAUUAUCACAUGUUCAGCAACUACCUACACUGUGGGAGAUAACUCUGGCUGGGACAUUAGCACUAAUCUAGAAACAUGGGUUGCUGAUAAGAACUUCAAGAUAGGCGAUGCUCUUCUUUUUCAAUAUUCGUCGACUAAUAGUGUCGACGAAGUUACAAAAGAAAACUUUGGCACAUGCAACACAACGAAAGUGUUGGCGAGCUAUGGAAAUGGAAACACAACGGUGCCAUUGACAAGAGGCGGAGACAGGUAUUUUGUAUGUGGAAAUAAAUUGUAUUGCCUUGGUGGAAUGAAACUUCAUGUUCAUGUAGAAGACGAUGGCAAAUCAAUUUCACCAACUAUGGCACCUAAAGCAGAAGCUGGAUCAGAUCAAAGAACUGCUACACUUCCAGAGUCUCCUUCAACAAAGAAGAGCACACAAUUUUCAAAGGGAGAUGCAAAUUGUGCACAUAUAGUUUAUACUGCUCUUGCGGCAACAUUGUAUGGGAUGCUUAAAAUUUGAGCAUAGAAUGGCUACAGAAACUGUUAUAUAACUUCAUGUUUUGAUUAUUUUUGAUUAUGAGUAUAUUAUACUUUGAGAUGUUAAUUAAAGAAAAAUGACAGUUUGUAAGACUCAUGAAGCAUACAAUACAUUGUACAUGAUCAUUCAAUACUAGUAUAUUUAAUAUUCUGCAGGAGUGGUUUUACCUCUGUUAGACACAU